CUGCUGAGUUCCCAGAAUGCUCUGCGGCUCGGUUGUCAACACAGGAGGAGAAGACUCGGACUGUCAGUCGAGAGCGAUUAGGAUUUUAAGAUCUUUUGCAGAGUGCGCCACGUAUAAAAAGAAAAUUGCAUCGAUAACUCAUACGUACGACUUUCAUACAUAUUUUAAGCGCAGUGCCAAAAUUAUGCAUACAAGGAUAAUAAGAUUGUGGCCACAUGAAUUUCUUCAAAGACCAUGUCAUUGAUCCUAUUUGCAUGCAUUUUCCGGGCGAGGGACGGACUGCCACUUUCUGCCUCAACAGAUUUUGAACAUAGUGCGGAGUUGCAGGUGCGCAAACAGCAGCUGAAGUCAUUAUCAAAAUCACUAACCUUAUGUCCAGAAAGAGGAAUUGUCAAAGGAACCACUCUUAAUAUAUACUUUGCCUCUUUGGAAGGUGUUGCCUUUAUGGUCAUUUGUUCCAGCAGCAUCCCUACUGCAAUGGCUUUUUGUUUCCUGGAAGACAUCAAAUGGGAAUUUUUUUCUUCUUAUAACAACAUUGAAAUUGGGUUGGCUUCAAGGCCAUAUCCAUUCCUAGAAUUUGACAGUGUUAUUCAAAAGAUCAAGCAUCACUAUAGUCACCAUAGGAAGCCAUCCCUACAAGCAAGUCUGGCUGAUGUUGAAGAAGACCUAAGGAGAAAACCUGCAAAAGUUCUGACGCCAGAGGAUUUGGUUUUUAGUAAUGGAACUAUAAAUGGGCAUAUCCUACACCCUUUAGAAACAUCACAGAAUCAAAAAUUGGGGCCUGUGACAGCUCUAGGGAUACUAUCCCUUGUUCUCAAUAUCAUGUGUGCAGCUUUAAACAUCAUUCGGGCAGUUCAUCUUAUUGAAAAUACAUUUCAGGAUGACACUGAAGCAUUAUGGAAUGUUAUCUCCUUUCUUUUGGCAUUUUUCAGUUGUGUGUGUCAGUGCUACUUGUAUUUGUUUACAAUAUCUGCAAAGAACUUUCUGACAUUUACUUCACUUGUGCUUGUUGUUCUAUGCAAUACUUUUUUAUAUGGACCUAGAAAUAUUUGGCAAAUAACCUUUCACAUAGGAGUGGCUUCCUUUUCUACAUAUUUGAUUUUGAUGAGACAACCUCACGAAAGAAGUAGUGACUGCAAUGUUUGAAAACUGUCUUGACUUCUUUUACUUGAUUUCACGUCUGAUGCCACAGCAAGCCAAAACCAAAAGUCCAGAAUUGUGUAAAGAACUAUAUUAUGGAAAUGGAUUUUUAUAAAUGCCAAAUUUUAUAUGAGAAUUAAGCACAUUCUGUGAUUUCCUUGAUUUUAUUAUUAAUGGUUUGUAUGCUGUACACACAUUUUCAGUGUUAAUAUAUUGUCAAUUGUUCAGGUUAUUUCUUUAACUGUAUAUAGUAUCAGUGACAUACUGACUGACUUUAAAUGAUUUUGGAGAAAAAUAGCCACCUCCCAUGGUGGCGCAGUGGUAGCACUGCUGCCUCGCAGUUAGGAGACCUGGGUUCGCUUCGUGGAGUUUGCAUGUUCUCCGCAUGUCUGUGUGGGUUUCCUCCGGGUGCUCUGGUUUCCUCCCACAGUCCAAAGACAUGCAGGUUAGGUGGAUUAGUGAUUCUAAAUUGGCCCUAGUGUGUGCUUGGUGUAUGGGUGUGUUUGUGUGUGUCCUGCAGUGGGUUGGCACCCUGCCCGGGAGUGGUUCCUGCCUUGUGCUCUGAGUUGGCUGGGAUUGGCUCCAGCAGACCCCCGUGACCCUGUGUUCGGAUUCAGCGGGUUGGAAAAUGGUUGGUUGGUUGGUUGGCCACCUCCUCCAAUAUACAGUACAUGUUUUUCUAGUGUUGUUGUGGUUAAUCCUUCUUGUUUGCUUAGUAAAUUACUUUAUUCAAUUAUUUUCUGAAUUUGCGUAUUAUAAUAUAGCAUCACAGUGCACCAGAGUCUUCCCAGCAGUAUUAGGCACAGGUCAGGAAUGAACCUUAAAUCAUACACCAGUCCAUCUGAACAACAACAACAACAUUUAUUUAUAUAGCACAUUUUCAUACAAAAAGUAGCUCAAAGUGCUUUACAUAAUGAAGAAAAGAAGAAUAAAAGACAAAUAAGAAAUUAAACUAAGACAACCUUAGUU